AUGGGAAGACUUGCGACUGUAGAUAGGCUGCUUAAAUUCGGCAUACAAGUUCCACCUUCAUGUGUGUUUUGUGACUCAGCUGAUGAAACUCUGGACCACCUACUCUUCAACUGCACCAUCACUAGAGCUUUGUGGACAAGACUGCUCAACUGGCUAGGUAUUCAGAGGACAAUUGGCACUUGGCAAGAGGAGGUGAAUUGGGUGUGUACAUGGGCAAAACGAAGGACCGAGAAAGGAGCGAUAAUCAGUGUUAUUUUUGCUAUGUUGGUGGCUACUAUUUGGAGGGAAAGAAACCUUUUGAGGUUCCACAAUGGCUACUUUCAAGUUGAUAGAAUCUGCCGAGAGAUAGCCAUCCACAUACACAUCAAAGGGCAGCACAACAGGAAAUGGCAACAAGAGCUGCUGGUUCUCACUAAUCCUUGA